AUGCCGAAGAGGAAAAGCGAAUCAGAGUUUUCACACGAAGACUACACGGUCGGCUGUGUAUGCGCGAUUGCCACUGAGUAUAUAGCCGCCCAAGAGUUCCUUGACGAGGAGCACGAGCCGCUUGAGUCACUGCACAAUGAUACCAAUGACUAUGCCCUGGGGAGGGUGGGGAAACACAACGUUGUUAUCGCCGUGCUUCCCGAGGGGCAGUAUGGAAUUGCUAAUGCGAGUAGUGUCGCCAGCAACAUGGUGCGCAGCUUUCCUCAUCUUAGGAUUGGCCUCAUGGUCGGAAUUGGUGGAGGCCUAGGCGACGUUGUUGUGAGCACCGUCACGGGAAGCCACGGUGCCGUAUUUCAAUACGAUUAUGGCAAGGCCGUACAGGGGCAAGAGUUUCAAUCCACUUCAUUCAUAAAUCAGCCACCGGCUCUCUUGCAAACUGCAGUCAGUGGGCUGAGAACAGUGUACGAGAGAAAGGGAUCCCGUAUUCAUGAAUCUGUGGAGGAGGCCCUCAAUACGAACCGACGACUGAGGAAUAGGUUCCAGCAACCGGAUCUAGAGACAGACCGGUUAUUUUUGUCAACAGUUAUUCAUGAUGAUGCGUGUUGCGCUGAUAGGAAUGAUCCGUCGGAAAUAGUUGACCGGCCACCAAGAACUGAACGCGAGGAUGACCCCAUGUUCAUUACGGGCUAA